CAGCCGCUGCAGCCGCUCUAUGGAUAGCCUACUGCACGGUUCUUAUCCGCGAAACUAAACUUGGAAGAGAGAAGAUUGUGGAAUUUACGGAACACUGAUUUUGCCCACUUGGAUGUAACAGAUUAUUCACAGCUAUACUUUCCCCCUUUCCCUCUCCCUUACCUUCAACAUGACUUCUCUCUCUGGGCACAAAGAGAAGUCUGGGACCAGGAGUCGCAAAUAUGGGAUGACAGAUACCUCUCCUACCAAAUCUGCAUCUUUUUCUCCGGAGACCUGGUACCGGAAAGCGUACGAGGAGUCGAGGACCGGGAGCCGCCCGGCCCCUGAGGGCGCGGGCUCAAUGCCCGGUUCGUCUGGAACACCUUCGCCUGGAUCUGGUACAUCCUCUCCCGGGUCUUUCUCGGGCUCACCGGGCACCAUAUCCCCAGGAAUCGGGACCGGGUCUCCGGGCUCCCUGGGCGGAUCCCCAGGAUUCGGCACUGGGUCCCCUGGUUCUGGUAGUGGAAGCUCACCGGGUUCGGAUCGCGGAAUAUGGUGCGAAAACUGCAAUGCUCGGCUGGUGGAGCUGAAGCGACAAGCUCUGAAGCUGCUUAUCCCUGGACCGUAUUCCAGCAAGGACCCCUCGUUCGGCCUGCUCCUGCACGAUAAGCUGCAGGUCCCCAACAGCACGCGCAAGGCGUGGAACGAGCAGGACAGCAGGUGCUCGGUGUGCGCUACGCACCUGAGCCAGCUCAAGCAGGAGGCCGUGCACAUGGUGCUGACGCUCGACCAGUGCGACGUGCCGCCCGGCUCGCCCCCCUCCUCCCUCGCCAGCCUGGGGGGCACGGGGCGCGUGCCCACCACCAGCGCCAACCCGACGCGAGACUGGGCCUACUUGCCCGCCGCCUACCACUCGUCAUCGUCCUCUUCCUCCUCCUCCUCCGCGGCGGUGGUGGUGCCGUCCGUGCCCGUCUCCGGUGGCAACAGCACGGGAAAUGCCAACGUCUCCAGCAGCGGCAGCAGCGGUGGCGGUGGCGGUGGGGGCAUCAGUGGCAUCAGCGGUAAUGGAGGAGGAGGAGGAGGAGGAGGAGGAGGAGGAGGAAGUGGCGGAGGAGGUGCCCACCACCACCAGAGCUACCCCAAGCACGGCGGCGCCAAGCCCAACAGCCUGGGGGUGAGUAGCGCGCUCGAGCGCAGGAACGGCUCCCUGAGCCACGCGGGCAAAGCUGGCACCGCUCAGACGCAGCUCCUCAUGGGCACUGCCAGCGCAAGCACCAGCACCAGCGCCGGCGCCAACGGUAACAUGCUCAGCUCAGUCGCCCUGGCAACGCACCAGUACCACCUGGAAGGCUCCUGGUCCAUGACCCGUGCCAACGGGGUCACCCUCUACCCUUACAAGAUCUCACAGAUGGUUCCGGAAGGAAACCGGGAGGGGUUGACCGAAGCCGCACUAAACCGCUACAACGCCGACCGGCCGACUAGCCACAGCACCCACAGCGCUCCUGCCCCACCGCCCCCCGCAGUCACCACAGCACCCUCUAGUGGCACCUCCGCAGCAGCGUCCUUCUUUGCCCGAGCUGCCCAGAAGCUCAACCUCUCCUCCAAGAAGAGGAAGCAGCGUCCGGCCCCCCCAGUGGCGAGUGACCCCCCCCUCUUCCCCACCAACUUCAGCGGCAUCCUCCAGGUGUCCCCCCCUCCGGCCCCCCCAUGCCUACUACGCGCUGUCAACAAGGUCAAGGACAACCCAGGACUGGGCAAGGUGAAAGUGAUGCUCCGCAUCUGCCCCGUGUCGCCCCCGGAGACGGCCGAGUCCAGCUCCUUCCUGAAGGUCGACCCGCGCAAGAAACAGGUGACCAUCAUGGACCCGGCGUCCAACACCCAGCCCAAUGCCGCCCAGAAGCGGGGCAGCUCCAAUCAGGUGCCGCCCAAGAUGUUCGCCUUCGACGCCGCCUUCCCCCACGACGCCUCCCAGGCGGAAGUUUGUGCCGGAACAGUCGCUGAGGUCAUCCAGUCUGUGGUCAAUGGAGCGGACGGCUGUGUGUUCUGUUUUGGCCAUUCCAAACUAGGGAAGUCCUACACCAUGAUCGGGCGAGACGACUCGACGCAGAGCCUGGGCAUCAUCCCCUGUGCCAUCUCCUGGCUCUUCAAACUGAUCAACGAGCGCAAGGAGAAGACGGGCGCCCGCUUCUCCGUCCGCGUGUCCGCCGUGGAGGUCUGGGGCAAAGACGAGAACCUCAAGGACCUGCUGUCCGAAGUGGCCACGGGCAGUCUGCAGGACGGCCAGUCGCCAGGGGUCUACCUCUGCGAGGACCCCAUCUGCGGGAUGCAGCUCCAGAACCAGAGCGAGCUGCGGGCCCCCACGGCGGAGAAAGCCGCCUUCUUCCUGGACGCGGCCAUCGCCUCGCGCUACAGCAGCAAGCCCGACUGCGACGAGGAGGAGCACCGCAACUCACACAUGCUCUUCACCCUGCACAUCUACCAGUACCGCAUGGAGAAGACUGGCAAGGGCGGAAUGUCGGGUGGCCGUAGCCGUCUGCACCUGAUUGACCUGGGCAGCUGUGUGAAGGUGUUGAGCAAGACGCGCGACAGCACCACCGGCCUGUGCCUCUCCCUCUCCGCCCUGGGCAACGUCAUCCUGGCCCUGGUCAACGGCAGCAAGCACAUCCCCUACAAGGACAGCAAGCUGACCAUGCUUCUGAGAGAGUCUCUGGGGAACAUGAACUGCAGGACCACCAUGAUCGCCCACAUCUCCGCGUCGCCAAGCAACUUCUCCGAGACUCUGUCCACCCUGCAAAUCGCCUCCCGCGUCCUGCGCAUGAAAAAGAAGAAGGCCAAAGUAAGCGUGCAGUACACCUCCAGCUCUUCGGGGGGCGAGAGCUCUUGUGAGGAGGGCCGGAUGCGACGUCCGACGCAGCUGAGGACGUUCCACUCCCGCAACGUGGUGGACCCCGACAUGCCCCUGCUGCACCUCUCGAGCGACCACGACGACUACUCCAGCAGCGAGCAGUCGUGCGACACCGUCAUCUACGUCGGCCCCAACGGCUCCGCCCUCUCCGACAAGGAGCUGACGGACAACGAGGGCCCGCCGGAGUUCGUGCCCAUCAUCCCGUCGAUCCACAAGAACAAGGCGGAGCCGGCGGCGGCGGUGGCGGCGGCAGCAGCAGCAGCGGGCAAAGUUGGCGGAGGGGCACCGCUGUCCCCCCAGAAGCCGCCGCUGACCGCUUGCCAGCUGCCCCUGCUGCAGGCCGGGCCGGCCCCGGUGCCCGUGCAGGCGGUACAGCCGCUCCUCUCGCAGCCGCUGGCAUCGGUGCCCGAGGAGGGCGCGGAGAGCGACAAGCCCGAGAAGGACUGCCUCAAGUGCAACACCUUCGCCGAGCUGCAGGAGAGACUCGAGUGCAUCGACGGCAGCGAGGAGGUCACCAAGUUCCCCUUCGAGGAGGUGCCCGCGUGCCGAGCCACCGCCAAGGUCGAUCCCAUGAUGCCCGCGGCACUGACCGCGGCCCUCCAGGGGCACGACCCGAGGGUGUCGGAGCUGCCGUCCACUCCGAAGCGGAUCUCCAACGACCAGCAGCUGGACGAGAUCCGCGAGGCGGUGGAAGAGGCGGAGCUGGCCCAGUCCAUCAUCGAGAGCCUGACGCAGUCGUCGGGCACGCUGACCAGCAGCCGGAGCGUGACGGGCAGCAGCAGCGGCUGCGGCGGGGUCAGCCAGAUCGUGCCCCUGCAGCGGGCCAAGAGCUCCGGCCUGCACGACAGCCGCGAGUCCGUCAGCGGCGCCGGCGACGGCAAGCCUCGCUCCGUGGGCUCCCCGCGCCUGGGCGUCGCCAGCCUGACCAAGACGUCUGAGUACAAGCCGCCGCUGUCGCCCUCGCAGCGCAGCAAGGUGUACACGCAGAAGUGCGUGGUGCCCGGCACGCCGCCCUCCUCGUCCUCCUCGUCCUCGCACAACCUGACGCGGGACGGCGGGCCGACCUCGUCCUCCACCGAGUCGCUCCUGCUGCAGCCGGAGGCGCGGACGUCGCCCGUGGGCGUGAGCAUGGGCUCGGCCGAGACGCUGUGCGACGACGACACCGUCCCUCAGCUCCCGCUGGACGGCGGCAGGAAGGACGCGACGGCGACGGCGAUGGCGGCGGCGGCGACGGCCACCGUCCUCCUACAGCGCCCCCUCGAGACCAACGGCGAGGACGAGCUGGUGUUCACGCUGGUGGAGGAGCUGAGCAUGGCGGUCGGCGGAGUGACCGGUGGCGUCGGAGGAGGAGGCGGAGUCGUGCUGGACAAUGGCCGGCCCACCAGCAUCAUCAGCUUCAGCAGCGACUGCUCGGUCCAGGCGCUGGCCUCGGGCUCGCGUCCGGUCAGCAUCAUCAGCAGCAUCAGCGAGGACCUGGACCGCUACGCCACGAUCACCACCCUCUCUACCACCACCUCUGCCACCACCACCGCCACCAUGUCCGAGGCCAACCUCGCCCGCUUCCUGCCCACCCAGAGACGCGCGGACGGGGACUCCAUGGCGACGGCGACGGCGACAGCGACGGCGGCGGCAGGGAUGACCGGCGGUCAGUUGUUGGCGGAGCCCAGCCGCCGCUCGUCCAUCAGCUCCUGGCUGAGCGAGGUGAGCACGGGCAGCGACGGGGAGCAGUCCUGCCACAGCUUCGUGGCGCAGCACUGCUUCGGUCAGGGCGAGGCCAUGGCUGACCCCUUGCUGCCCGAAGAGGUGGACGCGGCGAGGAGCGCGAGCGGACGGAAGACUCCCGAGAGCGACGCGGCGUUGGUCAAGGGGGACAAACCGAACGACAAGAGCACCCCGACGAAGGAGCGGCUGAGCAGAAUGUCCCCCACCAUCAGCAGGACGACGGUCUCCGUGUCCACGGUCCAGACGCUGUCCACUACCAGCGGCUUAGUGCCCUUUAAAACCACCAUCACUGUCCACCCCUGUGUGGCCGUCAAGCCAAUGAUCAUCCAGGAUUUCAGCUCUCUCUCCUCGCCGACUAAAACUGCCCCGCUCAAAGACGCCAAAUGCCCUCUGAUGCCCCUGUCCAGCGACAUCAUCUUCGACGACCCCUGGAUGAAGAGGGACGGCGUGGACUUCAAGGUCAAGGAGCUGGUCUGCGAGGUCAAGCCGGAGAAGCGCCUGGCGGACUCGGUCAAGUCCAAGAGCGGAGGAGGGACGGUGGACCGGCGUAGCUCCAGCAGCGGCGAAGCGGCCUGCUCGCCGGACGCCUUCAGGCGGGUGGUGGACGGCUGCGAGAUGGUGCUGGCCGCUUCCGACGGAACGACCGCCGCCGCCGCCGUGUUCUCGGCCGACAUCCUCCGCACCGGGAGCCUCCCUCGCGGCUGGCACCGGCUCAACCGGCAGGACGACCUGGAGGACUACGCCGCCGCCGCCGCCGCCGCCGGACUCCGCUACGCCAGCGGCGAGUACCGAGGGCUCGGGGUCACGACCUCCACGCCCUGCAGCCCCCGGGCCACGCUCGAGAGGAGGGGCUCGUCCUCCAAGGGCCUCUUCGCCCGGCAGAAGGGCAUCCCGCCGCUGCCCCCGAUACGCAAGUCCAGCCUGGACCAGAAGAACCGCGCCGGACCGGCGCCGCCGCACGCGUCCGGCAGCAUGCUGACGCUGUCCUUCCUGGGCAGCACGCCGGACGACCUCGGCGGCAACGGCAAGAAGGGGUCGGGCAUGGAGAGCAGCCGCCUCUUCAGCGCCAAGCUGGAGCAGCUGGCCAGCAGGACCAACUCGCUGGGCCGCUCUCACGGCGGGCACUACGACUGCCACUCCCUGGAGCGGGCCGAGAGCCUGGCGUCCAUGGGCGCCAACAAAGGUGGCGGCGGCAGCGCCAUCAGGGACAGCACGAUGCCGCGGUCGGGGAGGAGUUUGACCCGCGGCGCCUCCGUGCCCUCGCCCACCAACGGCAACAACAACAGCGUGCCGCCGUCGCCGGUCAAGGGCGGCCAGUCGAAGAUCUCGGCCGUCAGCAAGCUGCUGAUGGCCAGCCCCAAGGCCCGCAGCCUGUCCACCUCCAGCACCAAGACCCUCAGCUUCUCCACCAAGUCCCUGCCGCAGUCGGUCAACCGCAGCUCCAGCCUGCCGCCCAACGGCAAGAACCAGAGCGCCGGCUCGUGGUCCACCCAGUCGCUGAGCCGCAGCCGCGGGUCCGGCCUGGCGUCCAAGCUCCCCCUGCGCGCGGUCAACGGCCGCAUCUCGGAGCUCCUCCAGGGCAGCGGGGGCUCGCGUGCCGGACACGGCCGGGGGGCGUCCGACUCGGAGGAGCGCGGCGGCGGCGGCGGCGGCAGUGGCACCAGCAGCGGUAGCGGCGGUGGAGCCAGCGGCAGUAGCAGUAGCAGCAGCGGCGGUCAGCAGCAGCAGCAGGGCGCUGAGGAGCGUCCGGCGGUGGUCCACACGCUGCCGUCGCCCUACAGCAAGAUCACGGCUCCGCGCCGCCCCCACCGGUGCAGCAGCGGGCACGCCAGCGACAACAGCAGCGUGCUGAGCGGCGAGCUGCCCCCCGCCAUGGGCAAGACGGCGCUCUUCUACCACAGCGGCGGCAGCAGCGGCUACGAGAGCAUGAUCCGCGACAGCGAGGCCACCGGCAGCACCUCCUCCGCACAGGACUCCAUGAGCGAGAACAGCAGCUCCGUCAGCGGACGCAGGAGCCUCAAGAACUCCAAGAAGAGGAACAACACAGGUACACAGAGGCGGCGUCUGAUCCCCAACCUCAACCUGGACACGGCGUCGCCGGUGCGGAAGCCCAUGAUCAGCCCGGGCGUGCGCUGGGUGGACGGCCCCCUGCGGCCCGCUCAGAGGGGCCUGGCCGAACCCUUCGAGAUAAAGGUGUACGAGAUCGACGACGUGGAGCGUCUGCAGAGGAGGAGGAUGACCGGAAACAAGGAGGUGGUGUACUUCAGCGCCAAGCUGAAGAUCCUGGAGAACCGACAGCAGCGCAUCUCGGAGGUGCGGGCCAAGUACGACUGGCUCAAGAAGGAGCUGGAGAUGACCAAGCAGCACCUCAUGCUGGAACCCGAGAAGUGGACCACCGAGUUUGAUCUCGAGCAGACGUUCGAGGUGGACUCCCUCGAGUACCUGGAGGCUCUGGAGAUUGUGACGGACCGCCUGGAGACCCGGGUGAACUUCUGCAAAGCCCACCUCAUGAUGAUCACGUGCUUCGACGUCACCUGCCGGCGCCGGUAGAGGAAGUGGCUGCUGCAGUCGGUCGUCAGGAGCGAGAACGAGCAAAGGACCAUGGGAAGUCGAACUGUCUUGACCUCUCUGAUUGUUUUUGGACGAGUUUGGACCUUGAGGAAGUAGAACAAGUGGCUCAUCCUUCAAACGGUGACCAGGAAGGAAUGGAAAAAACACAAAAGACUAUUUUUCUAAAGUAGGAUCACAAGACAGGACACUGGGAGGACAAGAACAAUUUAAAAAAAGAAAAAAAGACGCGGAUGGAAGUUUUUAUCAGAGGAUGGACCAUCUCCCCGGACUAGUCAAAGCACUUUUUAAAAAACAAAACAAAACAAAAAAAACUUGGUGUUGUG